AUGGAUUACUUCUCGAAGUUCUUAAAGCCUGGCGCUCAGCAGGCGCCGCCGCCGGUGCAGGAUCACCUGGCAGAGUUCCAUCGCGCCUGGCAGCAUGUCAAGAAUACACUUCAACAUCCCGAUGAACGACAGCUGUCGCGUGGGAUCAAGUUUACUGAUGUCCCGGUCCACUUGACUACGCUCUCCGACUUGCUUGUCUCGGAGAGUACACAUCAACAGGAAGGCGCUACCGGACAGUGCCUUGAGUAUCUGCUGAAAAACGAUGUACUGGGGCAACUGGUUCGCCUCAGUGAAACGGAUCGGCCGUUCGGCAUCCAGGCAGAGGUCCUGCGGACAGUCCAGAACAUGGUCAUCCUGAUGGACGAGCAGUUCCUAGUUCACUCUGCCGUGCACAAGGCUGUUCUACGUCUUCUACGCAACUGCGUCGGCGAUGACCUGCAGGAGCAGCUGGAUAAUCGGAGCAGGAAGGUGAUGGGCGCGGGAGGGAACUCGGUACGGACAUCGCCCUCGGAGUACGAGGAAGACCUGGUCAACCUCCUCUGCAUCUUGUGCAGUCGCAUCCGAACAUUCCGGGAGCUGCUCAUGAUCUUCUUCCAUGACAAGCACUGGUUCCACUCAGAGCCGUUAUUCUCGGUUGAGGAGGAAGAUGAGGAGGAGGAGAUGGAUGAAGAUGAAGAUGACGAGGCCACUCCCCGAAACGUGGAACCCGACCCCUCGACUCGUCCUGGCGAAGACACAGACUCCAUGGCACCUUCUCAGAAGACCGUCACCUCCCUGCCGCCCUCCAUCUCUGCCUCCACGCCAGCGAAGUCAGAGUACGAGUUUCUGCUCUUCAAUUAUCUCCUGCGCUUCGUACAUCGAGAAGGGAAGAUCGGCGAGUUUGCGAGGGCGGGGUUGCUAUUCUUGAUGGACGUCGCCAUGUCUCCGCACGACACCGGACACCGCAUGGCAGUCGAACCAGAAGACGGUGUUGCAUCGUCUGUCUCCUCGCAGACCGUGGCAGCGGACCCCAUUACGGAAGCGGCACUCUCCUUGGCUGAGUACAUCCUGGAUGGUGACUUCUCUGAAGUACUAGCCGCUGGUCUGGGCGCCGUCUAUUCGUUAUUACCUUCAAAGUUGGAGAUCAAGCCAGCGAAGAGUGGCGACGAGAACGUCAAUAUGAUCUUAGGCGCUACGCCUGUGUUAGACGAGGACGAGGCUGCGAGGGCGGACGUUGCGCGGGAACAGAGUCGAGCGAUUGGCAAGGAGGAUUCGACGAGCCCCGACUUCCGCUCACGUCUGGACCACUUCCUGAAGCUUCUCGAGUUCCUAGAGGACGUGUUCAAGCGAAAGCCGUCGGGCGAUACGUUCGACGAGUCUACACUCGUUGGCGCUUCGAUCGUCGACUCCAUUCUUGACGCCGUUCGUCGAGUUUUCUUGGAGAACAUCCUGUAUCCUUCCAUUUUGGAGUGUUCGGAAGCGGACGGUAGUGCGGUUGCAGUCAUGUCGUAUAUCGACGUCAUGAUUCGUACUCUCGAGCAUGGCCAACUGGCAGACCUGGUCGUCACCUUCCUCAUGACGGAGGACGAUGAGUCCGUAUCUAAGCCGAAACCAGCAUCCCAUGAAACGGCUCCCCCAUCGGCGAAAGCUACUCGGGCUCAGAAGCUCCAUAGGAGGAGAAGUAGCGCUAUGCUGUUCCUCGAGAUGGAAGCUCCCGAUGCACGACGGCCCUCCGAUUAUGUCACUUCGAUGGGUCGAUUCACCUUGAAAGACCUUCUCUUGACUACGUUGCGCUCAAAAGACGAGCCCACGGCCGCUAUGGCGUUGCAACUCUUCCAAUCCCUACUCUACCGUCACAAUCCGCUAUGCGUCGAGCGUAUUCUCAUCGUUGCUCGAGAUGCGCAGGCCACCGCCUUCCCCGAGCCCCCUGUCGUCAACCCUUACACCUCCGUUACAGCGGAUGACGAUUCCGACAAGUUUGUUUAUCCUGGAGCAGAGCCGGAACCCGAGUUCUCAGCCGAUCCCAUCUACUCUCAACCAUCCACGACGUAUGCGACACACGAACGUGAAAUGGGCUUAUACCUAAACCUUGUUUCCCGCGUCGACCCCAUGCACAGCAACGACGCUUUCAGCACCGGUUACGAGUGUUAUCUGCGUGACGCCUUCGCCAAUAUCCAAGGCCAGGUGUCAUUCCUUCCACCUUUCGAUGAGGUCACUGCGAAGGCCUUGAGACAUCGAAUCAACCCCAAUGACCCUCUGCUUACACUCGUUCUUGACUGGCUUCGGCGCUUUCUUUCCAAUAAGCCCGAGUCGAACGUUGCACUCACGGGUAUGCUCGCAACUCUCGCCUACGAUCCCAAUCGCUCUCUGGCUGGCUGGCUGACCUUCGGUCAAACCGACAAACCACAAUCUCCAAUACGCGCGGACGCUCCCACAUCCACGUUCGAGGACGACGGGGAUGAUCGUUCGAUCGACUUCAACGUCGAGGAGCGUCUAAUGUCCGAAGCGCGCGAUCUUCCCGCGUCGAGCUUAAACGACCAGUCACGACCGGUGGUCUUCACCAUAUUGCAGAGUUUAGUGGGACAACUCGAGCGUUAUCGCCAGUUAAUCGACGACUUCGACAAGUACCUCUCCGAACGUCGCCAGGGCCUGCUCUUCUCCGAGAAUCUGACGGACGCGCUCGCUCUUGCCUGGGAUUCCGACGACCUGACUGCUCUUCCUCAACUACGUUCCUCCGCAUCAAUUUCGCAGACUCUCGCCACGCCGCAAUCUACGCCGCAGAAGCCAAAACCGCCGAAGAAGUCCAAUUCCUUCGUCUCCUUCCUGACUCCUCGAAAGUCCAAGCUAACGCCCAAGCCGUCGUCUACCGCACCGCCCGCCUCGGGGCCGAGUACACCAUCGCGGAACGUCGCAGCUAGCCCCUUCGGAUCGCACUACCAACACACGAGCUCAGUGACGGUGGAACCGUACGAUGCCCCUGUGCCGAACGCUGGACCGUGGAUGCCGGCCCGUUCGAGGAAGUUCGUAGCUGAGGAAGACGAUCCUUUCAGCUCAGGAUGGGGCAGGCCAUCGUCUCGCCAGGAGGAGCCUGAGAAGAGGGAGAUGAAGGCGAUAACGCUGUCUCAACUGUUGGACAAUGUGGUGAUACUGGAGGAGUCUAUCAAAGAGCUGGUAGCAAUUGUGCACGCACGCAAGAGCCUGGGUAUAGAUGCUGUGCGAUAUUUGUGA